CGCAAAGCAGCGGCUUGGGCACAACUCUCCCUGCGUUUCUCUACACACAGCACAGGCUCGUCUGCGCGAGUCGCGGAGACGGAGUCGAGCUGCCCGCUUUGAAUAAACGAGGACUCCGUCCCACCCCCACCCCAACUCAUUGUGUCUGCUCUCAAAUGAGUCAGUGAUGAGAGUGGCCGCGAGGAGAGACGGACGCUUUUCCUCUAUGUGGACCGGCAGUGCGCAAAAGUGCGCUCCGUGGUUCGGCAGCAUCAGCACCAUCAUCCUGCUCCUUCUCCUCCGCUGCUCCUGAGAUCAACCCGAACCCGAGAGGCGCGCCGAGACCCUCCCCGAAACCCCCGUGCGAGAUGUGCUGUGGACUGCCGAUGAUUUCUCCUCCUCCUCCUCCGGCUCAAAUUCAUUGGCAGACAAAGACUGCACUUCUCACUGCUCUUGUUAUCACUGAGCUCAGGAAGACGGAUCUGGUCCACAGCUAAACCAUUGUCUCCUUUACUUGCUUCUGUCUUCUGUCCACUCUUCGUACCAUCACCAUGGCUUGUUUCUUGGCAUCCGCCUUUCUUCUGGUUCUCCAGACAAACGCUGCCCCGCCUGAGCUCGUCCAGGAAGGAUUUGGCAUAACACUGGACCCCAUGGACCUUGAUGCUGGACUACCAGUCAACGUCUCUGGAGAUGUACCCUCAUCUCCGCCCCCAGGGACUAGUAAAAGAGCCCCACACAGCAUCAUUAUUGGGGUGCGCAAGGGCGGCACAAGAGCACUGUUGGAGAUGCUGGACAUUCAUCCGGAGGUUGCCGCUGCUGCCACCGAGGUGCACUUCUUUGACUGGGAUGAGAACUACGCCAAGGGCUUCGAGUGGUACCGUGACCUGAUGCCGUACUCGUACCCGCACCAGAUCACAGUGGAGAAAACGCCAGGCUACUUCACGUCACCCCUCGCACCAGAACGCAUCUGUGCCAUGAACUCGUCCAUAAAGCUGCUGCUGAUCUUGCGAGACCCGGCCGAGCGUGUCAUCUCCGACUACACCCAGGUGUACUUCAACCGGCUGGAGAACCACAAGCCGGUGCAAGCCAUCGAGAAUCUGCUGGUGCGCAAUGGGGCCCUGAAUAUCCGGUACAAGGCAAUUCAGAGGAGCCUGUAUGACGUCCACAUGCGCAACUGGCUGCGCCACUUCCCCCUGGAACAGAUACACAUCGUAGAUGGGGACGCUCUGAUCCGAGACCCCUUGCCAGAGCUUCAGAAGGUGGAGUGCUUCCUUAAUUUGCCCCCAAGGAUAGUAUCCUCCAACUUCUACUUCAACCAGACCAAGGGGUUUUACUGUAUCCGAAGCGAUGGCCGAGAGCGCUGUCUGCAUGAGUCUAAGGGGCGUCCGCACCCGGCUGUCAACAGCACCGUCCUCCAGCAGCUCCGCUCCUUCCUACAGGAACACAACCGAACCUUCUUCAGGCUGGUGAAGCGCACCUUCGACUGGCAAUAAGGAACCCAGAUCGGACACAAGGGGAGCCCCUUCCUUGUCUUGGAUGAGGACAGACAGAGAGGGGGCAUAAAGCACUUUACAGAACUGACAUCUAAAAAGCCCUUUCAAUAGCCUCUUAAUAACUACUGCUGUGAUCUCUGGUUUCAGCAGAGCAGUUAUAUAUUUACACGAUAAGGCAAAAAAAAAAACAUGAAAAACUGUAACUAGAGGCGUAAGAUUAAAUGGAAGAAUCUCUAAGCUUAAUAAGUCAUUCUGUCUGUGCUGGAAGCGUUUAAGUGAUCUAAAUUGCAGUGAAAACACAUUCAUGGAACUUUUUUCCCUCUCGCUCUCUCUUGUUUGAUAUUCUUGUUCUUGAUAAUAAA